UUUCACAUUUUGAUCGCAUUCAGGCGACAAUUUUGUAAAAUUAUUUUCAAAUUUAUAUUGUACUUUUUUUAAGCAAGAGAUGGCCCAAUUUAACUGUCCACCAUGUACUCCAUGUGCAGCAACUUGUAUUGAACAUCAACCAACACAAACUUACGUAGCAAGAAGAAAAAAGAAGCAUUCAAGAAGUCGUCAAUAUUUGUACACAGUUCAAGACAUCAGAACCCGAACCAAUUCAGUUCGCUGGGGUCAUGAAACGUCCUACGAAAACCCAUUUUACAUUGAGCAAGCAGCACCGCCAUUAAACUCAGCAGAGAUGGAACUUCAAACCAGUCCAGUCGGGCUACCAGCUAGUGAGCCUCCUUGCUAUUUGCCUCAGCUAAACGGCAUCUCUAAUGGCCAUCCAUUGGCAAGACCGAUGGGGCUCAUUGGUCCCUGGGCCACAGGAUGCAUUGAUUGGGGUGCAUUGUCUGGCCAAACUGGUACACGUCCGGUUGUGGGUCGGUACUCUAUCACACGCUAUAGCGUAGGUGAAUGGCAACAGCGAAACGCAGAUACGAUUCACGCAUGUGCGAAUACUGUUGAGAAAAGUGAAAAAAUUGAACAUGAAAGCAAAAAUACGAUUAACCGUACGUAUGCCAUUUCGGAUAAAAAUCAGACCGAUUCUACUCAAAGCUUGCAUACUCGAGCGAAAACAAUCGACGAUAUGAAAAGUGAGCUUCAACGAGCUAUCAAGGGGAUGCAGGACGAAAUAUGCACACUAGAGGAACAAAGACGACGGUUGAAGCAGUCGUUGGCAGUGAUUCGAAUGCCUGAAGCAAUAGCAACUGAAUGUCUCGAGCGUAGGACCGGUCGUCCUGAUACCGAAUUGAUUCGUGAUCAUCCAGAGGAAGAACUCAUACGCGAAAUAUCCCUAAUAGCUGAAAUACGAGCAAUACUACUUAAGACCUUGUGCGAAAUUGAAACUCAACAGGUACAAAACCGUGCUGCCCGUCAACGUAUGGAAUUUGAUUGGAGCGAUAAGAUGCUCGCCCACGAAAAUGAUGCUAUUAACUCUAACUUGACGAAUAAAUCAACUACAACAUUGUUUCGCGCAGGAGCUACCAGAUUUCCAAAUGAGCAAUCAACGGAAAGUUACUGGGAGAAGUUUAGCAGAGAAACAUUGGAAAUGUGUGCAUGUUGUCAAAAACAAUCAGAACAGCUUCGUGCUACAUUGGAUGCUAUUCUCAUGAACGCUGCACGUGACCUUCGCACUCAAGCGGAUAAUGUUGAGCGCGCCUUGGCAGAUCGAAUCGCUUGCAUGGAAGAAAUACGACAAAAGCUCGAGAUUGAUUUGAGAACCACUUUGCAGCGUUUAGCCGAUACGGAAAUCCAAAUAGAGAAACUGAAAAUCGCUAUACGAAACAUGGAUCAUGCAAUGAAAGUUGUCCAAACUCGAUUAGAUAAUCGUAAUCAGAGGCCACGGGUAGAAAAUUGUCGUGAUCAAUCACAAAUAUUGCUAGUCGGUGAAGUAAAAUCAGUCGAAGAAGGACUUUCAGCGAUGAAAGCACAGUUAAAACAAGAAGAAGAAGUGAAGAAUGAACUCAUGGCUCGUCGUGGUGAAUUAGAGAAAGAGAUUAUGAUGAAACGUCGUGCAAUAGCAAUUGAUCGAGACCGCUGCCAGCUGUUGCGAGCUCACUUCCCUUCAUCAACCGCUUUGAGUGGCUACUAA